GUCGUUAAUAUUUUAGUAUCUUUUGUUAAGAAUUAUUUGGUAAGUUUCCAAAACCGUAUUUCUGGUAUCCCCGGCUACGAACGAACAAAUGUCUAUUGUGCUGGAAUAAACGGAAAUGUCUUUAGAUCAAACCGUUUGCGAAGAUUUAAAGGCGUUUGAGAGACGUCUGACUGAGGUUAUUGCAAGUUUACAACCGGCUACUUUACGAUGGAGAAUGUUGUUAGGUUUUAUCUCAGUUUGUACAGCAGUCGGUGCUUGGCAUUGGUUAACAGAUCCAAAUACAUCGGCAGUUUCUUUCACACAAAGUCUGUGCAAUCAUCCAUUCUUUACUACUGCUAGUAUUAUAUUGGUAAUAUUAUUCAUGAUGGGAGUACAUAGGCGUGUUAUUGCACCUAGUAUAAUAACCCAAAGAGCAAGAAGCGUAUUAGGUGAUUUUAAUAUGAGUUGCGACGAUACAGGGAAGCUAAUACUUAAGCCCAAAAGACCAACGCAUCCUCACGAGACAUGAAAAGACAUUAUGUACAGUGUAUAUAUUAAGUCGUAAGAUCUUUGCAAAUGCCUGGAUUGCUACAUAGGGUGUCCAAAAGGAAUGUAUAUGUCAAACAUAUUUUUAUAUAAUAAUGAAUAUAUUAUUUAUAAUUCGUUCAAUUUUUUUUUUCUUUUUCUUUUUUAAUAAUAUAAAGCAAAUAAUAUCAAAGUAAAUUCUUUUAGGAUUGAUAUAUGUUAGAUUGAAUAUCGUCAAAUUUUAAAUUUCUGAUAUUCUUUUGUAUCGAAAUACUUUCUGAUUACGUAAUACCUGUAAGAUAACAGAUCUUUUUUAUUUUUGUUUUUUUGAUGGAGGGGGGGGGGGAGCAGAAAUUAUCUAAGAAGCAAACAAACAUAUAUUUUUGCUACCGUAAUCGGAGAAAAGAAAAAAAAAGAAAAAGAAGUAUUAUCUAAGUCAGUGCAUACAUUCAUUCUGAACACUCUAAGGAAAAAAAAGAGGGGAAAAAAAAGGAAAAAAAAAAAGGAAAAAGAAAAAAAAAAGAAAAAAGAAAUUGACCGUUUAAUAAAUUCUGUGUAAAGAAUGAAAUAUCACAGAUUCCAUUGAACUGUUAAAAAUAUUCGAAGUUACAUUUUCUUUUUUUUUCUUUCCUUUUUUUCUUUUUUUCUUUUUUUUUUCCUUUUUUUUUUUUUUUUAUUGUUGAUUUUGUGACCUGAAAAUAUUCAUGUACAAAUGACAACGUUUAUUGUAUUUAAUUCUUAAGGAAAUUAUGUUUGUUUGAUACUACUUAUCAAUAUAUGAUCGUUUGAUUUCAUAUAAUUUAAAAA